AUGGCGGUCCAACCUAAACAGAACCUGUCUAUGGACAGUGCAGCCGAGCAUGGAUUUCUUAACUUUGUUUUCUCAAUGCCGGAAAAACCGGACACGACUUUCAGGGUAUUUGACCGCAACGAAUACUACACUGUCCACGGAAAGGACGCCAUAUUCGCAGCAAAGGAAGUUUUCAAGACGAAUGGGGUCAUCAAAUACUUGGGCUCAGGGAGUCGUAAGCUGGAGAGUGUGGUCCUGAGCAAACUGAACUUUGAGGCCUUUGCGAAAGACCUGCUGCUAAUGAGGCAGUACAGAGUGGAGGUGUACAAAAACCACAGCAAGAGCAGCAAGGAGCACGACUGGAGGAUCGAGUUCAAGGCCUCUCCUGGGAACUUGACUCAGUUAGAGGAGAUUCUGUUUGGUGGAGGAGCCGGAGCAGAGGGUUGCGCAGGAGUCGUCGCAGUGCGUUUGGCCACAGGAGCUGACGGGCAGCGCGUGGUCGGGGUCGGCUAUGUUGACGCUGCCCAGAGGACGAUGGGAGUGUGCGAGUUUCCAGACAACGAGAUCUUCUCCAACCUGGAGUCGCUGCUCGUCCAGAUCAGCCCCAAAGAGUGUCUCUUGGCGCAGGGCGACGGAAACACGGACGGCAUUAAACUUCGGGAGGUGGUGCAGCGCGGCGGCCUGCUGGUCUCUGACAGGAAGAGAGCGGAGUUCAAAAGUAAGGACAUGGUGCAGGAUCUCAACAGGCUGCUGAGGGCCAAGAGAGGAGAGACGGUGGCCAGCAACACGCUGCCUGAGCUCGACAAACAGGUGGCGAUGUCGUGCCUGGCGGCAGUUGUGCGUUUCCUCGAGCUUCUCUCUGACGAGUCAAACUUUAACUCGUUCAGUCUGACCUCCCUGGAGCUGGGUCAGUACAUGAGGCUCGACAACGCUGCUGUGAGGGCCCUGAACCUCUUCCAGGGGUCGCCAGACGACACCAGUGGAGCUCACUCAUUGGCCGGUUUGUUGAACAAGUGUCGUACGCCGCAGGGUCAGCGGCUGGUCAACCAGUGGAUCAAACAACCGCUCAUGGACAAAACCAAAAUAGAGGAGAGGUUGGACCUGGUGGAGAGCUUCGUGUGCGACUCGGAACUCCGGCAGACCUGCCAGGAAGACUUGCUGCGUCGGUUUCCUGACAUGCACCGUCUGUCCAAGAAGUUCCACCGUCACUCUGCAUCUCUGCAGGACUGUUACCGCGUCUACCAGGCAGUGAGCCACAUCCCCGCCCUCAUCACAGCGUUGGAAAGAUACUCAGGGAGCUACCAGGUUCUGCUGGAGGCUGCGUUCCUCUCUCCUUUCAGAGACCUGCUGACGGACUUCGCUAAGUAUCAGGAGAUGAUUGAAACCACGCUGGACAUGAACCAGAUUGACCACCAUGAGUUCCUGGUGAAGGCGUCCUUUGACCCCGUGUUGAGUGAGCUGAGAGAAAAGAUGGACGAGCUGGAAAAGAGCAUGCAGUCCGUGCUGAACAGUGCAGCCAGAGAACUGGGUUUGGAUGCUGGAAAGACGGUGAAACUGGAGUCAAACGCCAUGCUGGGUUUUUACCUGAGAGUCACCUGCAAAGAGGAGAAGAGUCUGAGGAACAACAAGAAGUUCACCACGCUGGACGUCCAGAAGAACGGAGUGCGCUUCACUAACAGUAAGCUGAGCUCCCUGAACGAGGAGUACACAAAGAACCGGGAGGAGUACGAGGAGGCGCAGAACGCCAUCGUCAAAGAGAUCUUAAACAUCGCCUCAGGUUACGUGGAUCCUCUGCAGACGCUGAGCGACGUCAUAGCUCAGCUGGACGCCGUGGUAAGUCUCGCCGUGGCGUCUGUCUCUGCUCCCGUGCCGUACGUUCGACCCCGCCUGCUGUCUGGCGGCAUCAGACGCAUGGAGCUGAAACAGGCGAGACACCCCUGCAUGGAGACGGACGCAGACACCGCCUUCAUACCCAACGACAUCACCUUCACCCAGGGGGAGAAGAGCUUCUAUAUUAUAACAGGACCAAACAUGGGCGGUAAGUCCACAUUUAUCCGGCAGGUGGGAGUGAUCGCUUUGAUGGCUCAGAUCGGCUGCUUUGUGCCAUGUGAGAAGGCGGAGCUUAGUGUGAUCGACAGCAUCCUGGCCCGGGUUGGAGCGGGUGACAGCCAGGUGAAAGGAGUGUCUACCUUCAUGUCCGAGAUGCUGGAGACUGCGGCCAUUCUACGCUCGGCCACGGAGAACUCGCUCAUCAUAAUCGACGAGCUCGGCAGAGGAACGUCCACUUACGACGGCUUCGGUUUGGCCUGGGCCAUCAGCGAACACAUCGCCUCCAACAUGGGCAGCUUCUGUCUGUUCGCUACUCACUUCCACGAGCUGACGGCGCUCGCAGCUCAGCAAUCGUCUGUCCACAACCUGCAUGUCACAGCGCUGACGACGCACAACACGCUCACCAUGCUGUACAGAAUCAAACCAGGUGUGUGUGAUCAGAGUUUUGGUAUCCAUGUCGCCGAGCUGGCCUGCUUCCCGCCGUCAGUGGUUGCAAUGGCAAAGGAGAAGGCGGAGGAGCUGGAAGAGUUCCAGGAUCCGGCUGGAGAGAAGUCAGAGCGAGACGGAGAGCCCGAGGCAAAGAGACGACGCUCAGAGAAACAAGUGGGCGAAAACCUGAUCCAAGACUUCCUGGAGAAGGUGAAGUCACUUCCUGCUGCCACCAUGAGCGAGGCGGAGGUGAAGGCUGCGCUGAGGAGGAUGAAAGAGGAGCUCGUGGCCAAAAAGAACUCGUACAUCACAGACCUCCUCGCACGCUCCGCUCCCGCUAAAACGGCUUGAUCUGUAGAUCCCAUACAAGUUAACCUACUGUAGUUACACUAACGCUCUUAUUGUAUAGUUUUCAAAUAAAGAUUUUUUUCCCUCA